UUGAUGUUGUUAUGACAUUAAUUAAACACGGAGGAUUUCAGUGAUAUUUCAAGUGAUUGACAUCUUUAUUAAUUAACAACAGAAAACAAUGGAUAGUACAGAUGAAGAUCUGAUUCGGCCCAUAUACAAAAACGGAAGAUAUGAAAAUCCCUUUGACACAUGGGAAAAUACAUCUGGGUCUGGAAGCAUCUUCAAACUGAUGAGAAGUGAGGAUUUCAGCAAAAUUCCAAAUCAGAGGGAGUUGGAUAAAACCUUACCAGUGGAAACCCCUGAUUUUGAAAAAUUACGGAACCCACCACAAUCAGAGAUUCAAAUAAUGUGGAUAGGACAUGCCAGUGUGUUGGUACAGAUGGAUGGGGUCACUAUUCUUGCCGAUCCAAUAUUCCGUGACAGGUGCUCCCCUGUACAGUUUAUAGGACCGAAAAGGUAUCGUCCUCCACCCUGUAAAAUAGAAGAUCUGCCACAUAUAGACGCUGUUAUUAUCAGUCAUAACCACUAUGAUCACUUAGACUAUGGCAGUGUGCAAAGCCUCAAUUCGAAAUUCAGUGAUAAGAUCACGUGGUUUGUAGCGGCAGGAACGAAGGAAUGGAUGUUGAAUGCAGGUUGUAAGAAGGUGAUUGAAUUGUCAUGGUGGGAUGAAGCAGAGCUACCCGGAAGACCAGACUUUAAGUUUGUCAGCGUUCCAUGUCAACAUCGAUGUGAACGCACAUUAUGGGAUUCUAUGAAGGCUCUUUGGUGUAGUUGGAUGGUCAAGGGACCAAAGAAGAGUUUCUACUUUGCCGGAGACACAGGCUACUGUAGUGGUUUUAAACAGAUCGGAAGAAAGUACGGACCUGUAGAUUUUGCUGCUAUUCCAAUAGGGGCCUAUUAUCCAAGGUGGUUUAUGAGACCUAUGCAUGUAGACCCGGAAGAGGCUGUGAAAAUAUUUGAAGAUGUCAGAGCAAAAAGUGCCUUGGGUAUACAUUGGGGAACGUUCAAGAUGACACGAGAGUUUUAUUUGGAACCCCGGACAAAGCUUGGAGAAGAGUUGGAUAAGAAGAGUAUUAGCAGAGAAAAAUUCUUCACCCUCCGUCAUGGUCUGGUGCACACAAUUGGACACGAUAUAUCUGAACAUGUUUGACCAUAUCUCGAAGCGUUUAGAUAACCAUGAUCUGCAAGCCAUACCAUCUGACUUCUUAGUCGAUUCACCAACCAGUUAUUUCAUGAAAAAUUUACAUCCAAUGAAUAUUUUCUCUAUUUCUUAUGAAAAACCUAUCCCCGUUAAUCAAUCGAUAAUCAAUGGAUAGAGUCUCAGUUAACUCUAAAGGAGUUAGAACUGGUAUUUGAAAGCCAUCAUAUGAAAGAUCUCUGAAGAAGUGGACUCUACUAUCAUUUCACUGUAACUUACAAAUCAAACAUAUGCUUUUUUACGUAAUGACACAAAGUUUAUACGAAUAAUUUAUGCUGUUAUUGAACAAAAUGUCUUUUU